UAAAUAAAAGCAGGCAGAAAUCCAUGCGCGCGAGCCACCCUUUAUAAAUCCAACUCCCAAUGUAUCAAAUCUGUCCCGACGAAACCAAAACCCAAAAGAAAGGUCUACCUAUACUCUCUCUCUCUCUCAAUUUCCUCUCACUCCAGGCUUCUUUUUUUAAUCAAUGACGGGGGAAUUGCAGCUAGAGCCAGUAGGUGCAAGAAACCCUAGUGACUCUGAUCCUCUGUUAGACAACCAGACCGAUUCGUCUUCGCCGGCUAGUUCGAGUGAGAUUAGGAGUGAAGAUAUUGAAAAUGCUUCUACUCCUUGUUGUCGCAUCUGCCUUGAGUGCGAUGGCGAAGAAGAUGAUGAACUGAUAUCUCCAUGCAUGUGCAAAGGAACCCAGCAGUUUGUUCACCGUGCUUGCCUUGAUCAUUGGCGUUCGGUAAAGGAAGGAUUUGCUUUCUCCCAUUGCACGACUUGCAAGUCUCAGUUUCACCUUCGAGUUGAAUUGUUUGAGGACAACUCUUGGCGUAAAAUAAAAUUCAGACUUUUCGUAGCAAGAGAUGUCUUUCUUGUGUUUUUGGCCGUACAAACUGUAAUUGCUGCAAUGGGAGGCUUUGCAUAUGUUAUGGACAAAGAUGGGGCUUUUCGGAAAUCAUUCAGUGAUGGUUGGGAUCGGAUCCUGUCAAAACAUCCUAUACCAUUUUAUUAUUGCAUAGGGGUGCUUGCCUUCUUCGUGUUGCUUGGGUUUUUUGGGCUCAUAUUGCAUUGCUCCUUCCUCAAUAGCAAUGACCCACGUAUGGCUGGAUGUCAGAAUUGCUGUUAUGGAUGGGGCAUCUUGGAUUGCUUUCCCGCAUCUAUGGAAGCGUGCUUGGCACUGGUGGUGGUUUUUGUUGUUAUCUUUGCCAUUCUGGGGAUAGCUUAUGGUUUCCUUGCUGUCACAAUGGCAAUUCAGCGAAUCUGGCAGAAACACUACCACAUUCUUACUAAGAGGGAGCUUACUAAGGAGUACAUAGUAGAGGACCUUCAUGGUUCUUAUACCCCACCAAAACUUGAUCCGGAACAUGAAGGACGCUUGAAAAUGAUGAAGCUAUUGUAGUGAUGGAUUAAGAAUGAAACAUGAGACGUGUUCAAUGUCUUUCAAAUUAUUCAGGAUACAGAAGUUUAAAAUUUGCGGCUACUUUGUCAAUGGACCCGGGGGGAGAGUGCUGUCAUUUGUCUCUAAAAUCACC